AUGGUAAUAUCCAAAAACCCUCUGCGAUGUAAGCUUGCAGUAUACGAAAAAAGCAUCGAACAAGUGAUGGAAUUUAAAUACUUAGGAGCACUUAUAACAUCAUCACGUGAUCUAACCAAAGAAGUUAAAACACAAGCAACUAAAGCAUCAUCGAUUUCAGGUUAUUUAAAAGAUGUUAUCUGGAAAAAUAAGCACAUGAAUAUUAGAAGCAAAACCCGCAUAUAUAAGACAUGCAUAAGACCUAUAAUCACUUAUGCAAUAGAAAGCAGGGCAGACACAAAAAAAACCGAAAAUAUUAUGAGCGCAGCGGAAAUGGCUACAUUAAGAUCCAUAACAGGUUACACCAGAUACGAUCAUAAACGCAACGAUGAAGUAAGAGAAAUUUGCGAAAUUCAGGAUAUUGUCAAAUGGAGUAGAAGAAGAAGAAAAGAAUGGAAUCAGCAUGUACAAAGGAUGUCGCCAGACAGGGUGGUUAAAAGAGCAUUCAUGGGGAAACCCAGUUCGUGUAGACUUCCAGGAAGACCACCGAAGAGAUGGCAGGAAUGCUGGACUUCCGGCUCAAUGUCAGAUCAUCAUUAA